UAAAUAGUCUCACUCAAUCUUCAGCUCCCUGCACGGGCUGGCAACCCCGUGGAGAGGGGGAGUGUUUAAAGCAGCGAAUCAGAAGACGUCCCCCAAUUCAAGUUAGAAACGAAGAUUGGGUGUAAUUUCCAGUGUUUUGCGCUUUGCGCGCCCGGAGUUACGGGAAUGAAUAGUACGGGAAUGAAUUAAAUAGUACGGGAAUGAAUUAAACAAUGGGUUUUUUAUUUAUGUACGUAAUACUGCACAAAUGCGCAUGGUAGCGUUUUACAUGCUUAAAAGGCAGAAGUCGAAAGAAUACAUUAUCGUCCAUAACUUUAACGACUUGCGGAAAGCGCUAAUCACUGUUUGCAAUAAACGAUGUUUGGCGGUGACCCCCGGCAGUCCAGACUCCACUCCAGGCAACAGGACCGCGCUACCACCGAAGGGUGUUGUGACCCGGCAGUGUUACCGUAACCGGCGUAACGUUACCAAGGUAAAAUGAAAGGUACCGUAUUUGCAAUUAUGGCACACAGAAUGAUAUCUUUUGACAUAGGGAAAGCAUUCUCAGUUAUCUUUCGCUAUGCUUAUGGUGCAGAAUUUGUUGGACACUUAUAAUCACCGAUAAUUGGAAGUUUGUGAGGGUUGUUGCUUGCAACCCAGACGUGAUGCUUGUUGCGGCGGCGGUAAACGUAGAGCUCCUGCCACUGCUCCAGCUGGUGUUGUGGAUGGCAUAAUUUGGAAAGGAUAUUUUCGCUUCAUAGGUAAAAUAUAUAAGUGACUCAAGUGAGUAAUUGAAUUUGUGUAAAUAAAGUUAAGUCAAAUGCCUAAAAUAUGGUGGUACAUCGUAGUCUGUCACCGAGAGUCAUGCCGACGCCCGACGGUCCGAUAGCGGGGUUUGAUUGGCUGGCAUGAGGUAGAGAGUGCCAUUUACAGUUUAUAUGCCAGUGCCGGUGCGUACCGGCGAUCGAAUGCAACGGUUACAGAUUUCGAAAAGAUUUCAAUGGAGAUGAAUAUGAUCACACUCCGUGGUUCACGACCAACAAACGGACACCGUCGCAAACAGGCACUGAUAUUUUUUUAAGCUGAUCAGAUCUCAACAAUUCGCUAUGCAUCAUACCGAGGUGACGAGCGAUGCGUGAAUUGCCCAAGUAAUCAGCAGAUUAUCCUACUCUGUCGCAUCCGGUGUCCACGUUGUACGUGUGUAUGUGAUCCCGAGUUGAACAGAACCCAGAGGGGAUCCUGGCGUGGAGAAAUUCACUAACCAUUUUGGAUGGGAACUGAAACCGGCACAUUUUUGCAUAAUACGACGCUACUGCAGUAAAUUAUGGAUCCCACAUGGACAGCCAUGAUUAUAUUUUACUGUCUGCUGUUCUCCGUGGCCUUACUCCUAUGCGUUUGUCUGUGUAUCAUGUGCAAACGGAAGAAACGACGAACGCAGGAUGUCGGCCGGAUACUUCAAGGAGUUGCGGCAAUGGAAAGCCGGCUGCAGUUAACCAGGAAUCGGUCAGAUUCCAAUGCGUGCCCGGGCGGUGAAUGCGCGUUAGCCAGCGAUCCUGAGAGCGGAAGCAGCCGUAAUACAGAAGUUACUGGAGAUGCAGCAAGAUUAAGUGCGGGAGCAGCGGGACAAACAAAUGCAGCUUUUGUGCCGGAUGCUAGCGGUCUACCGCCGGAGUACGAAGAGGCACUGAAAAGCAAAUAUCUGAAGGUGUAUCAGCCAAUUUAUCCGUCUCUCUCUACCACCAAUGAACAAUCAUCAUCGGCUGGCAGCGCUUCCUCCAGCGCCGGGCGUCGUGAAGAUAGCGAUAUCCGGUCAGUGUCCGGAGAAAGUCCACCGCCGCCAUAUGACACGUGUGUGUCUCGCAAUAACAUUGAUGCGUUAGGAUAUUUUUCCUAAGAUGAUUCUUUCCAUUUUUAUAUACCAAAGUUGUCCUUGGACGAUCUGUCGUAGAAAUUGUGAACUCUUGUUGUGAUCACCCGGCAGUUGCGCUAUGCUGAAUAUUAGCACUGCCCGGCUCGUUUUGUAGCCGCUUGCAACUGCUGUUGUUGUUGUUUGUCAUAAAAAACUGUU